GGUGAGAAAGAAUCUAGAGACUCCACAGAGACACGGCACAAAAUUACACAAUGCCAAGCUACAAACUCAUUUAUUUUAAUAUGAGGGGGAGAGCAGAAAUUAUUCGUUACAUAUUUGCAUAUUUGGACAUAAAGUAUGAAGACCACAGAAUAGAACAAGCUGAUUGGCCUGAAAUCAAACCAACUCUUCCAUUUGGCAAAAUACCCAUUUUGGAAGUUGAUGGACUUAAUCUUCACCAGAGUCUAGCAAUAGCGAGAUACUUGGCCAAAAACACAGAUUUGGCUGGAAAAACAGAACUGGAACAAUGUCAAGUUGAUGCUAUCGUGGACACAUUGGAUGAUUUCAUGUCACGGUUUCCUUGGGCCGAGAAAAAACAAGAUAUAAAAGAGCAGAUGUUUAAUGAGCUACUUAUAUACGAUGCACCUCAUCUUCUACAAGAUUUGGAUACAUACUUAGGGGAAAAAGAGUGGUUCAUUGGUAACUCUGUAACUUGGGCAGAUUUCUACUGGGAAAUUUGCAGCACUACCCUUUUGGUCUUGAAACCUGACUUGUUGGACAUCCAUCCCAGGCUGGUGGCAUUACGGAAGAAAGUCCAAGCCAUCCCUGCCAUUGCUGACUGGAUACAACGAAGGCCCCACACCAGACUCUAGGGGUUCCUGCUGCCUCCAACUUUGUUGUUCGCUCCCAUCAGAUAAGAAGCUGUCUCCCCUCCCCCACUCCAUCAAGACUCCCUUUUGCCAUAUUGUUUGAAAAGAAAAAAAAAAGAGCAUUUAGUUGCCAGUAUCCUCCCCCCACCCCCACCCCGAAUAGUUACAACUGAGGAAAAAUAGUUUAAGGCAGGCCUCGCCUUG